GUAUUCUGGAAAUAACUGCAGUUGAUGUUGGGAUCGUUGCCAUCAAGGGCUUGUUCUCGGGCAGAUACCUGGCCAUGAACAAGAGGGGAAGACUUUAUGCAUCAGAAAAUUAUAAUGCAGAGUGUGAGUUUGUGGAGAGGAUCCAUGAAUUGGGUUAUAACACCUACGCGUCCCGUCUCUACCGGACUGUACCUAACAGAGCCGGCACCAAGCGCAAAGCCAGUGCAGAGAGACUCUGGUAUGUCUCAAUCAAUGGGAAAGGACGACCUAGAAGGGGCUUUAAAACUCGCAGGACACAGAAAUCAUCUCUCUUUCUGCCCAGAGUAUUGGAUAACAAAGACCAUGAAAUGGUCCGACUGUUUCACACAAAUGUGAGAUAUCGAGAAAGUCUCCUGAAGCCCCUGAGCAAGAACCAGCGAAGAAGGAGAGGACGCUAA